AUGUUCCGCUUGUCAUUUACUACCCCGCGAUUCACACGUCGCUUUAAUCAUUUGAGCAUCAAACGACAAAGGAUAGCGCCGAUAACUGUAGCAGAAGUACCAGUAGGACAUUCUUAUCACAUCAAACAUCGAGCGACAUUUGCGACAUUACGAGUUUCUACGAGUAGACCAAAGAUUCGGAGAAACUGUGCUCUUAACAACAGUGCUCUUGAUAGCCCAAGAGGAAUAGUAAGCGCGCACAAGAUGGCAUCGAGUACAGAUCAGAUAUUGAAGGGAAAGUACCCGGCGAAAGAACAUGCGAGGAAGGUGGUGGAGUAUAUUAGGAGUAAGGAGCCGGAUGCGGAGGGGGUCCUGUAUUUGGAGGGGCAGAAGACGCUUAUGAUUGAGGAUAAUGAUGAGGCGGCUCCCUUUAGACAACGUCGCUACUUCUACUACCUUACCGGCUGCCACCUCCCCGACUCUUACUUCACCUACAAUAUCUCCACCGGCAAAAGCACUCUCUUCAUUCCUCCAAUUGACCCAGAUUCCGUCAUCUGGACCGGUCUCCCCGUCUCCCCCAAGGAAGCCCUUGAGCUCUACGACGUUGACGAAGUUCUCACCACCGACACCAUAAACUUGCAUCUCGCCUCUCCAAACCAAUCCAAAGUCUGGGCCAUCGCUCCCCAAAUCUCUACUCACAUAACAUUUCUCGAAUUCCCGCAGAAAGAUUUCACAUUACUCAAAGAAGCUAUUGAGGAAGCUCGAGUCAGGAAAUCCGAAUAUGAAGUUGCGUUGAUUAGGAAGGCGAAUGAGAUUUCGACGGUUGCACAUACGGCUGUUCUGAAAAAUGUGAAACAUGCGAGGAAUGAAAGGGAGUUGGAGGGUCUUUUUAUUAAAGAAUGUAUUGCAAAUGGGGCGAGGGAACAGGCGUAUCAUAGUAUUGUAGCGAGUGGGACGGCUGCGGCUACUUUGCAUUAUAUGGAUAAUUCGAAGGGGUUGGAGGGGAAGUUGAAUUUGUUGUUGGAUGCGGGUGGGGAGUAUCAGUGUUAUGCUUCAGAUAUUACCCGCACUUUCCCCAUGAAUGGCCACUUCACCUCCGAAUCCCGCUCCAUCUACGAUAUAGUCCUCUCCAUGCAAUCUCAAUGCAUCUCGAUGCUUAAAGACGGUGUUUCCUGGGAUGAAGUCCACCUUCUCGCUCACAAGAUUGCAAUCGAAGGACUUCUCGCCCUUGGCAUUCUAAAGGGGGAUAAAGAAGACAUUUUGAAGGCGAGAACUAGUGUUGCGUUUUUCCCGCAUGGAUUGGGUCAUUAUCUAGGAAUGGAUACGCAUGAUAGUGGUGGACAUCCAAAUUAUGAGGAUAAAGAUCGCUUGUUUAGGUAUUUGAGAGUUAGAGGGACUUUGCCAGAGGGAAGUGUGAUUACGGUUGAGCCUGGCAUCUAUUUCUGUCGUUUCAUCAUUGAACCUUAUCUUGAAGAUCUCAAGCAUGCUCAAUACAUUGAUUCAGAUGUGUUGGAAAAGUACUGGGAGGUUGGAGGUAUAAGAAUCGAAGAUAACAUACUAAUCACCAAAAACGGACACGACAAUCUAACAACGGCUAUUAAAGAUGUAGCAGAAAUGGAGAAAAUUAUUAAUUCUGUCUAG